AUGAUUGUAAGAUCUGUUUAUGCUGACGGGAGCAUUCAAAAGUUGAACCUCACAUCAUCUAGAUUAAAGGGUACACUUCAUGGAUUUUCAUUGUCUUUGCUACAAAAUGUUACACAUUUUGAUCUCAAUGUAAACAACUUCUUUGGAAACCUUCUCCAUCUAACCAUCUUGUACCUAUUCUCAAACAAUAUAUGUGGCCCAACACCUUCAACAUUGGGUGAUCUGACAUCUUGGAAUUUCCUUUAUUUGCACUACAAUGAACUCUUUGGUCCCAUUCCUAUUCAACUUGAGAAUUUGAAGUCUCUUACUGAUCUUGUUGUGAGCUACAAUCAGAUUAAUAGUUCUAUUCCUUCAUCACUAGCAAACCUGAGCAACUUACAGUAUCUCUACCUACUCGCGAACAAAGUAUCUAGCCCCAUUGCUAUUGAACGUGGGAAUUUGAAGUCUCUCACUGAUCUUUUGUUGAGCCAAAAUCAGCUUAGUCGUUCUAUUCCUUCAUCAUUGGGUGAUUUGAGAUCUUUGAAUGUUCUUCAUUUGAGCGAUAAUCAACUCUCUGGCCACAUUCCUAUUGAAAUCAGGAAUUUGAAGUCUCUCAUUGAUCUUCAAGUGAGCUACAAUCAACUUAGUGGCUCUAUUCCUUUUAUCACUAGGAAACCUGAGCAAUCUACAGAUUUUAUACCUCCAUAA